AUGGACUUUGAAGCACGAGAAGACCAAGAUGGAGUCAGGCUCUCCUGGAACCGUCUUCCCAAGUCAAAGCUCCAACAUGACAGAAACAUUAUCCCCUUGGGUGCAUUGUACACUCCCUUGAACAACAAAGCCGACCCGAUGGUGCCAUUAUUGGAAGAUCCGUCGUAUCUUGUAUCCUGUCGUGGAUGUCGUACCAUCCUUAAUCCAUAUGUGUUUAUCAACAACGAAAUAUGGACAUGUCCUUGCUGUCUGUCGUCCAACCAACUCCCACCUUUAUUCGACGUCAAUGGAGUUCCCCAAUUACACCCCAGUGUUACUCCCGAAUAUUCCACAGUUGAAUAUAAAACGGGUAAACAGGCUCCAUUGCCUCCAAUUUUCUUUUAUGUCGUUGACACUUGUUUUGAAGAAGGUGAUCAGGAUGCGUUGGCCCAAUUGAAGGAAAGUUUAGUGGUGUCGUUAAGUCUUUUGCCGGAAGAUGCCCUUGUUGGGUUCAUCAGUUACGGGAAACAUGUUCGUAUCCAUGACUUGGCCAAUGGUGAUAAUGUAAGCUAUGGAUUCAAUGGAAGCAAGCAGUAUACUUUGGAACAAAUUCAGGCUUCCUUGGGUAUGUUACUGACUGGAUUAUCCAGUGCCGGUGCUGCUAGUGCUGGUGCUACCCAUGCAAGUGUGGAUACCAUUCUUGGCGUGGUCGGUAAGAAGUUCUUGACUCCAGUAAACAUUGGUGAAUAUCAAUUAACCAGGAUUAUUGAAUCGCUUACCCCUAAUUUGUUCCCUCGAGAUGAGUUUACUCAACGUCCAGAAAGAUGUACCGGUAGUGCCAUAAACAUUGCUAGUUUGUUAUUAAGAGCUAUCUUGGGAAAUCAUAUUAUUACUACUGGUGGACACCUUCUUGUGUUCUCUUCUGGAGUAUGUACUGUUGGCCCUGGGAAAAUUGUUGAUCAGGCGUUGAAGGAACCAAUGAGAUCGCACAAUGAAAUUGAAAAGUCGUACCAUUCCAUGCUUCCAACUACAUCCACAGCAAGUUCCAAUACCAAGUCUAACAUUUCUCUUUUCCAAAAUGCAAAGAAGUUCUACAAGGAAGUGACCAAGAAUUUAGUCAAGUUGGGCUUGAGUUGUAACUAUUUUAUUGGUAGUUAUGAUCAAAUUGGUUUAUUUGAAAUGGAUGAAGUUUGUUACAAGACUGGUGGGGUUGUUGUCAUGAGUGACUCAUUCACCACCACAAUUUUCAAACAGAGUUUCCUUAGAUUUUUCAAGAAAGAUCAAGACGAAUAUUUGGAUAUGGGAUUCAAUGCCACUUUGGAAAUCAAAACUUCUCCUGAUUUGAAAAUUGAAGGAUUGUUGGGUAAUGCUACCGCAUUGCCAUUUAAUAAAACCAUUACUCAUAAUAGCCGGAUGUUCUCCAUUCAUAACGAUUCCAAGAUUGGUGAGUCAGGAACCAACUCUUUUAAACUUUGUAAUGUUAAUCCACAAUCCACAUAUGCCAUUUUCCUUGAAAAGUUGGAUUCUUCUGGAGGUGCAUCUACUAUCCAAUUCCUAUUCCAUUAUCAGCACCCCAGUGGUGAGAUGAGGUUACGAGUAACUACCGUUGCAUUACCAAUCGUAGCCGAUUCUGACACACUCAACCUCGAACCAGGAUUUGACCAAGAAGCCGCACUUGUAUUAAUUGCCAGAAAAUCCAUAUAUAAGCUUUCUCCUGAAUGUUCUAAUCAAAUAACAACAGAGGUCCUCCUUAAACAAUUGGACCAAUUGCUUGUUGAUUUCUGUGCUCGAUUCGCUGUGUACACCAUGGCCCAGCCAGAACUGUUCCGUUUAAGUUCGAUUUACAAUCUUCUUCCUCAAUUCAUUUAUCAUCUUCGAAGAUCACCAUUCAUCAAUGUGUUUGGAAAUUCUCCUGAUGAAACCAGUUAUAUCAGACAUUUGUUUAUGCAUGAAGACACGUCGAACUCAUUAAUAAUGGUUCAACCAACAUUAUUAUCCUAUGACAUAAAUGACUGGAAUGAUGAAAAUACCGAACCGAUUCCCGUCAUGUUAGACUCGCUUAGUUUGGGGCCUUCCAAGAUUCUUCUCCUUGAUACCUUUUUCCAAAUCUUGAUUUACCACGGUUCGCAAAUCGCCGCGUGGAGAAAUGCUGGGUAUCAUGAACAAGCCGACUUUGCCUAUUUCAAGGAUUUCCUCGAGGCACCUAAACAAGAAGCAAUGAUUUUGCUUAUGGAUAGAUUCCCGUUGCCACGUUUCAUUGAUUGUGAUGAAAAUGGAUCCCAGGCAAGAUUCCUUAUGGCUAAAUUGAAUCCUUCCACUAACUACGCAUCCAAUGUUAACCAAUUUGUUGGUGGUGGUGUAGGAGGUACCAGCUCCUCUAGUCCUUAUGAUGUCCUCACUGAUGAUUUGAAUUUACAAACUUAUAUGGAACAUCUCCAGAGAUUAGUUGUUAAUAAGAAAUAA